GCAAUUCAGAAAACGAGGACAUCCUGGAUCUCUUGAGUUCCAUAAGAGCAAAGUAUAGGAAACUGUGUGCUUUGUACAAAUUUAAUACUAUUAUUACAACUUCGGCGAAACUAUCAUUCUGAUAAACCUACAUUUUUAAAAUGGCGCUUCGAGCGAAAUUAGGUGAAGUUAUAGAGUUUUUUAAUAGGUUCUCGCAAUUAGCAAACUGUCAUUUGGUAAAUUUCAUCACUGAAGAUCUUUGGGAUACAUGUGUACCAGAGGAAUUGAAGAGUGAGAUCGAAUAUGUGGGUAUGGACAGUGCAUUGAGUUUGUUUUGGGACUCGAAAAGAGACUCUGCAUCAAGCAUGUUCCAUCUCAGUAAAUACUUGAUGGAAGCCAACGAAAUGUCAGCUGGUAUUUUGAACGAUAUUUGCUUAUCACCUUCUGAUCUUAGGAGCAAGAUUAUAUCUUGGGGAUCUAGUUCUCAGAGUAUUCCUCAGCUUAAUCAGUUUAUGUCCCCCAAAAAGGCACAUGAAGUUGAAAUAAUGAGUGAACUGGUUGCUGCACUUUCAAAAGUGGCUGGUACAAGCCACAUUGUUGAUGUUGGUAGUGGGAAAGGCUACUUGACCUCUCUGCUUGCAUUACACCACAGUCUGAAAGUGUUAGGAGUUGAUUCUUCUUCAGUCAAUACACAUGGGGCAACUAAACGGACCCAGAAAUUACAGAAAGCUUGGAGACCAGCGUUAAUAAAACUGGAGAAGCCUCAAACAGAGAAGACUCAGAUUCGUCAUGGAAAGCAUUGGAAAGCUAAGAUGCAAGCUGAUGCUUCAACUUCUCAAAAUCAGCAACUGAGUGAGACUGAAAAUCUUGAGUCCAGUGAGGGUGUAUUUGCUUUGUACAAGCGAGCAACAGCAUAUAUCUCUGAAGAAAGUGAUUUAGCUGCCCUUGUGACAGAACAUUUUGGUAGCUAUGAUUCUUGCAGUAAUAUUCUUUUAACAGGGCUGCACACUUGUGGUAAUCUGGCACCUGCUUGCCUACAGUUGUUUGUAAGGGAGAAUAAUGUAAGUGCAGUGUGCAAUGUUGGUUGCUGUUAUCAUCUUCUUGAGGAACACUUUUGUGAAAAUCCAUUUCCAAAAAGACUUUUGUGUGAUAGCGAACACAAACUGUACCAUGGGUUUCCAUUGAGCCAGUAUUUGAUAAGAAAAAAAUUUGUUCUGGGGCGCAAUGCCAGGAUGCUGUCAGCGCAGUGUGUGCAAAGGAUCUUAGUAAAAAGAGAGGUAUAUUUGUAUGUUCUGAUUAAUGAUGGAAUGCUAGUUUCAUUGAAUGAAAUAGAAAGUCUUUAUAAGAGUCAUCAGUCACACCAACAGAAGCUCUCAGUAUUCUUCAUGCUCCGUGCAGUAUUAGCUCCUGUGAUUGAAACAAUAAUUUUGCUGGAUCGUCUCCUUUACCUCCAUGAACAGGGAACUGCAGAUGCUCAUCUAGUGCAACUGUUUGAUCCGGUCACAUCACCAAGGUGUUAUGCAGUUCUAGCCAUAAAACAGAGCAAACUGGAAGUUAAUACUUCAUAAACAAUGGGUUCAAUGUUAAACCUUAUUUAUGCAAAACAUGUCUUCUCGUGUUCUGAUUGUGCAUUGUGGACUCAAUUUUCUGGAUGGAUUCAGAAAAAUUCUUUUUGUUACCAUAUUUCCAAAUGAUGUAGUUAUAUAACUGUUCAAGAUCAAUUUUGUCUUUUAAGUAAAAUGAUUUCAGUGAGAAAGAGUGGGCCAUGAGAGAGUUAACAGCUGUGGUAUUCUUGAAGGGUCACAUUUUAUCACUUAGUGAAAAAAGAGAGAAAGGGGAAGCAGAAUGUGAUUCAUAAUAAAACGCUCAUUCCACGUGACGAACGGAUAUGGACAGAAAUUUGUUUGUCUUUGCAGCGGUCCUCUUGAUACUGACUAAAUUUCAGUUUAAUCACACUGAAGAGAACCAUUCUAAAAUAUCUCAGAUGUCAGAUUUAUAGUUAUUCUGAUGUUUCAUAAUGAUGAGGCAAACAACCAAAAGGGUUUUAUUCAAACUGACACUGGCUGUGGAAGCCUGUGUUCUCACUUUAAACAUAUUUUUGAUAAUGCAGGAUGAUCUAGCCUGGAACCCUUUUAUUUUCUGUACUGUAUUUUAAGUAUUCUUUCACACACUGCAUCAUAAGACUUUAUUUUAAUCUUCGUUGAGUUCCAUGGAGAAAUAUUGUAUUAAUUGUAUCUGUAGGAACUGAAACACCAGAAGUGUAUUAAUGUGGUAGUCUAUUCUGUGUUCAUCUGUUAUUGGAGUAAGAAUAUAGCAAAGUGUUUUCAA